AUGUUCAGUACUAGAUUAUUAUUUCAAGCGGCAACUAAAAAUUCCCUUGGGAAUGCUACCAAAUCUACAUUUAAAGGAUCAAAAUCAAAUUUAGCAAGUAAUAUUUUUAUCACAUCGUUGUAUUCCCUUGGUGCAUGGUCCAUUUACAAAGAAGUCACCACAGUACGUGAUUUCGAGGAUACUGCCCCACUUACCCCUCAAAAGGGUGAAUCUAUCUCUGAAUUAAUUAGAACUGCUCCAAACAGGAUAUUUAAAUCUGUAUCUAAAGAUGGUAAAAAAGAGUCUGAACCAAUGACUGUCCUGAGGACAUUGACAUAUGGUGAUCUUUCUCAAGUUGCAAUUGGGUCAGGGUUUUUAUUUCAAUUAAGCAAUAUUAUGCAUAGUGAAUUUGGUAAAACCUCCUUUAUGUAUAGAGCUUCCUUAGGUACUUCUGUAAUGUUCCCAAUUAUCUUAUACUUCGCCUUUAGGUUAAGAUUGAAAGAAUUAAAAAAGGAUAAUAUAAAAAUUGAGUAA